AUGGAUAUCAGCGAGGAUGGACAUCAGCGAGGAUGGACAUCAGCGAGGAUGGACAUCAGCGAGGAUGGACAUCAGCGAGGAUGGACAUCAGCGAGGAUGGACAUCAGCGAGGAUGGACAACAGCGAGGAUGGACAUCAAACGCCUUCGAAAUUGCUCCCAUGACGGUGCUGCCCAGCGUCUUCAGCCUCUGUUCAGUGAGGCCUUGGCUGGGGACAGGGGUCCUGGGUGGUGGCAGUGGCGGAGGUAGUACUUACGGACCCACGGAGGAUUCCAGAGUGAUGCUCACAAGUCUAGAGGUCCUGGCACCGUGGAACCGCAUGAAACCCGUGAAUAUUUCAGAUCCUUUGGUAAUUCCGGAGUCUCCAGACCCCACUGGGACUCCAGGAUCAAGGACUCCUUCACUGACCACAACUGAAGGUGUCAUGGAAUCCAGCAGUAGCUCUCCAGAGGAACCGUUUGCUCCAGAAGCAUGUGGCCGUAGAAUUAUGGGGUUCAGUCACGGAAGGCCAUCUGCCGUGAGGAAGUGGCCAUGGCAGGCGAGCCUGCAGAGCAGAAACGAGCAUGUCUGUGGAGGCUCCCUCAUCAGCCACCAAUGGGUGCUGACUGCGGCCCACUGCAUAUAUGACCACCAGGAAUACAAGGUGAUGCUGGGAGACAAUGUGCUGACUUCUGAAUCUGUAAAUCAGACUCUCGUCCCCGUCAAAGACAUCAUUUAUCCUUCCGAUUUUGACUCUCAGACCGUGAAGAGCGACAUUGCUCUUGUUCUGCUGGCCUUUGCUGUGAACUACUCCUCACAUAUCCAGCCUGUGUGCCUUCCCAAGAAGCCCUUCCAAGAGGAGAACGGGACAUGGUGCUGGGUGACCGGCUGGAACCGUGAAAACGGUGAGGCUGAUACAGUCUUCACUUCAGCUCUCCUCCAGGAGGCCCGGCAAAACAUUCUUCUCCAGAAGCCUUGUAAUCAGCUGUUCCAGAGCCGGUUAAAUACACCUGAAAACCUCGUGAUGAAAGGGAUGAUCUGUGGCCAGCACAACUCAGGACAGAGUCUUUGUUGGGGAGAUUCUGGGAGCCCCCUUGUCUGUGAAUCUGAGAACACGUGGACCCAGGUGGGAAUUGUGAGCUGGGGCAUCAACUGUGAUGAAGUCCCUGUCCCCUUGGUUUACACAGACAUCGCUGAAUACGAUGCAUGGCUCAAAGAUACUCUAAGUCUGGCUUCCUGUACAGACGCCAUGGGAGUCUCGGUCCUGCACCUGUCUCUGGCGCUGCAACUGGCCAUCUUGCGCGCUGGAGCUCUCUCCGCAGCCCACAGGUACAUCUUCAUGGCUGCGUCGUCGUUGUGUGGCCUGGGCGCUUGGCCUGGAUCCUUGAGGCACUGGGUCCUAACCUGUUUUGUGACACUACUGUUGCUGCCUCCGCCUUCAAACUUAGGUGAUAAAGAGGACCACGACCAGCCAGUUUGUGGCAAGCCCUGGUGGCCAGACAACUUGGAGAAGAGCCGCCAUUGGCCCUGGGAAGUGAGCCUUCGCAUACAGAACAAGCACGUGUGUGGAGGGGCCCUCAUUGAUAUCAGCUGGGUGGUCUCUGCAGCUCACUGCAUCCGAGGUAACAAAGAAUACUCAGUGAUGCUGGGUAGCAGCAAGCUGCAGCCCGAGGGCUCUUCCAGGGCCCUGAAGAUUCCCGUGGCGGACAUUAUUGUGCAUCCCAAGUACUGGGGCCGGAACUUCAUCAGAAGCGACAUUGCCCUUCUCCGUCUUGAAUCCCCUGUCACCUUCAACAAGCACAUGCAGCCCAUCUGUCUCCCAGAGCAAGGCUUCAACUUGAAGGCUGGGACUCAGUGCUGGGUGACUGGCUGGGGCAAGACUAAGCAGCACUCCUCAGACAACUUGACACUGACUCCAGAGCUUCGGGAGGCCGAGGUCUUCAUUUUGGACAACAAGAAGUGUGACCAUAUUUUCCACAAGACGUCCUUCUAUCCCCAAGUUAUCCCGCUUAUCCGGAGGAACAUGCUGUGUGCCACCAAUUACGGAGAGAAUGCAUGUUAUGGGGACCCUGGGGGGCCAUUGGCUUGUGAAAUUGAGGGAAGAUGGAUUCUGGCCGGGGUGUUAUCGUGGGAAAAGGCCUGCAUCAAACCUCAGAAUCCAGCUGUAUACACUCGCCUCACCAAAUACACCAGAUGGAUCAAGGAGGAAGUGAACCACUCGGCACCACCAGCGCCGUGCCAGGCCUCCUGCCUCCUAUCCCUGUUCUGGCUGCUGCAGCUCUCAGCGGGCCUGUGACUGCUCCGCCCCUCCUCUUCCAGCUCUGUCCCUGCUGAACGGCAUUAGGUUGCUGAUGGAGUGAGGUUGCAUGUCCACACUCCACAGGAGUCAGCGUGGGAAUGGAGUGGUCCCUGCAGAGCGUGGAUCCUGCAGGGAGGUCUAGAGUGGCCAGGAGAAGGGGGUGUGGCUUGGAAGCAACAUUCUGGACUUUAAGACCAAGAGCAGAGAUUAAAUUUGUGUGAGCAUCAGCUGGCCCCCUUUUCCCCCUUGUUCUUUGGGGGUGACUCUGGGGGUCGGGGUAGAUGGGUAGGUAGGCCAUCUAGUUUGGGGACUCAUGGUUUCUGCUGUGUUUCUAGUACUGGGGGACAGAAAUAAGGGCCUGGGCUUGUGGUCUCAGUCUCAUCACCUGCUUAGUGGUCAGAGUGUUAGGGCAAUUGAAACAUACCCUGUGGGCCACCAGUGGGAAUAGUCCACAGCCGGAACGCCAGACUCAGAGUCUAGUUGGGUAAUUUUCCCUCCCUCCCUC